AUGGAUGAGGAGAAAGGAAAUACCGCAGCUAUCCAGCCAUUGGAAGCAAAGUCCCCAUCUAGGUCAAACUUCGUCAGCCGUGCCAAUGACUAUCUCGCAUCACUGAAACUAUUCGAGUCUCGCGGUAUUGAACGCAUACCCCUGGAGGAGCGUCAUGCUGUGAGGGCCACAGACUACUUGCAGAUGACACUGCUGUGGUUCAGCACCAACAUCACCGCGAACAACAUGGCCAUUGGCAUGCUAGGGCCUCUGGGAUUCUCUCUCGGCUUCGUGGACUCUGCUCUGUGUGCGACUUUUGGUGCUUUGCUGGGCGCUGCUGGUGUUGGAUACAUGGGGACAUUUGGGCCGGCAAGUGGUAACCGGACUAUGGUUGUCGCGAGGUACUUCAUGGGCUAUUACCCUAGCAAGAUUGCGUGUCUGCUGAACAUUGUGAUCAUGCUUGGAUACGGCAUGAUCGACUGCCUGGUUGGUGGGCAGGUCUUGUCUGCAGUCGCUGGGGGCCGAUUGACAGUUGCCGUUGGCAUUGUGAUUAUAGCACUCUUGACUUGGAUUGUGGUUAUGUUCGGCAUGAAGCUAUUUCACAUUUAUGAAAGGUACGUGGGUUGUUGGACUGAACUGCAUACAGGACAUCCUAUACUAACGCAACACAGAUGGGCGUGGAUUCCCCAGCUAAUAGCUGCAUUUGUCUUGGUGGGCAGCACAGGUUCAAAGUUCGACACGUCGAUCGUCUCAACUGGCUCCGCAGCGACCAUAGCCGGCAAUCGUCUUUCGUUCUUCUCACUAUGCCUGUCCGCUUCAGUUGCAUGGGCUCCAGCGGGUGCUGAUUUCUUCGUCUAUUUCCCACCCACCACAUCCAAAUGGAAGACUUUCCUCAUGACAUUCCUGGGUGUCGGGCUAGCACUCACAUUUGCAAACCUCCUCGGCGUGGGUCUCGCUUCAGGGACCUUUACGCAUCAAUCGUGGGCGAGCGCUUAUGGUACAUCCUCUGGGGCACUGGUUGUUGCCGGCUUUGACGGGCUGGGCGGUUUUGGUAAAUUCCUUGGUGUGCUUGUGGCCCUUGGCCUUGUUGCCAAUAAUAUCCCUGGCACCUAUGCUGCAUCGCUAGGGUUCCAGAUCAUGGGCCGUCAUCUCGCGUUAUUUCCGCGUUGGUUCUGGUCUUGCGUCGGCGUCGUUAUUUACACAGCUUGUGCGCUGGGCGGAAGAAAUCACCUCUAUGAAAUCUUUGAUAACUGGCUUUCACUGAUGGGGUACUGGGUCAUGAUUUAUCUGACUAUUGCGGUGGAAGAGCAUGUUCUCUUUCGUCGACAUAGGGGCUUCAACUGGGACUCGUGGCCAGAUCCGUCCAAGUUACCCAUUGGCCUCGCGGCUUUGGCGGCUUUCUUGGUCGGAUGGGCAGGGGCUAUUGUAUCGAUGGAUCAACUCUGGUAUGCUGGGCCUAUUGCCAAGAUGGUCGGUGCUGAUGGGUCUGAUUUGGGCAUCUGGGUGGGAGUAUCGUGGGCCAUGUUGGUAUUCCCGCCUCUGCGGUGGUGGGAGCUUCGACAUUUCAGCCGUUGA